UAUGCUAAUAAUAUCAUAUAUUGUAUGUACAUAUAAUUUGUAAGCCACUCUGAGUCCCCUUUGGGGUGAGAAGGGUGUGAUACAAAUGUAGUAAAUAAAUGCAGUAAAUAAAUAAAUAAUAAAUAAAUACAUUUUAGACUUAGGCUCGCCCAAAGUCUGAAAUAACUUGAAGGCACACAACAACAACAACAACAACAACAACAACAACAACAAUAAUCCUAAUCGACUUGACUAUCUCAUUGGCCAGAAGCAGGACCACACUUCCCAUUGAAAUCCUCUUAAAUGUAUGUUGGUUAAAAUUGUUUUUAUUUUUAAAUAUUGUAUUGUUCUUUCGUUGUUGUUGUUGUUGUUGUUGUUGUUGUUUUUGCACUACAAAUAAGACAUGUGCAGUGUGCAUCGGAAAUUGUUUGUAUUUUUUUUUCGAAAUGAUAAUCCGGCCCCUCAACAGUCUGAAGGAUUGUGGACCGGCCCUCGGAUUAAAAAGUUUGAGGACCCCUGGCUUAGAGCCUUUGCACGAGGCUCCUGUCGCCUUGUUUCCCUGUGUUUGUUCGCCUUCAGACAGGCAAAGUCCUCCAGCUGAGCUCACCGGGAUCCCGGAAAUCCCCUCCACAACCCUGAGUUCCCCUCCAAACAGACCCUUGUCCUUCUUUCGUCACAAACACGGCUUAAGACACUCAAAGGAGUGAAUGAGUGUGUGGCUGGAGGGUCCCCCGGGGAUCAUCUAGUCCAGCCCCUUCCCACCCGGGCAGAUGGCAGGAGCCAAGCUCUGCUUAAAAAGCCCCAGAAAGUGGGAACCCUUUUCAUGGCCACACAGGUCAUGCAGCAUCAUUCGUCCAACUGUCCGUCCGCCUGUCUGUCCACACAUUUAUCUUUCUUUCAACAGUAUCUAUCUACCGUAUAUACCAGUGAUGGCCAACCUAUGACACGCGUGUCAGCACUAACACGCCUAGCCAUUUUUGCUGACACGCUGCUGCCUGCAGAUUGAUUGGAUGACAAUGUCUUUCGUGGCCAAAUUUGGUGUGAUUUGGUCCAGUGGUUUUGUAUAUAUAUAUAUAUAUCUCAAUUCCUCUAUCUAUCCAUCCAUCCAUCCAUCCAUCCACCCAUUCCUCUAUCUAUCUAUCUAUCUAUCUAUCUAUCUAUCUAUCUAUCUAUCUAUCCAUCCAUUCUUCUAUCUAUAUCUAUCUAUCUAUCUAUCUAUCUAUCCAUCCCUCUAUCUAUCUAUCUAUCUAUCUAUCUAUCUAUCUAUCUAUCUAUAUCUAUCUAUCUAUCUAUCUAUCUAUCUAUCUAUCUAUCUAUCCAUCCAUUCCUCUAUCUAUCCAUUCUUCUAUCUAUCUAUCUAUCUAUCUAUCUAUCUAUCCAUCCAUCCAUCCAUCCAUCCAUCCAUUCCUCUAUCUAUCUAUUCUUCUAUCUAUCUCUAUCUCUAUCUCUAUCUAUCUAUCUAUCUAUCUAUCUAUCUAUCUAUCUAUCUAUCUAUCUAUCUAUCCAUCCAUUCCUCUAUCUAUCUAUCUAUCUAUCUAUCUAUCUAUCUAUCUAUCUAUCUAUCUAUCUAUCUAUCUAUCUAUCCAUUCCUCUAUCUAUCUAUCAAUCUAUCUAUCCAUCAAUUCCUCUAUCUAUCUAUCUAUCUAUCUAUCUAUCUAUCUAUCCAUCCAUCCAUCCAUCCAUCCAUCCAUUCCUCUAUCUAUCUAUUCUUCUAUCUAUCUCUAUCUCUAUCUCUAUCUCUAUCUCUAUCUCUAUCUCUAUCUCUAUCUCUAUCUAUCUAUCUAUCUAUCUAUCUAUCUAUCUAUCUAUCUAUCAAUCCAUCCAUUCCUCUAUCUAUCUAUCUAUCUAUCUAUCUAUCUAUCUAUCUAUCCAUUCCUCUAUCUAUCUAUCAAUCUAUCUAUCCAUCAAUUCCUCUAUCUAUCUAUCUAUCUAUCCAUCCAUCCAUCCAUCCAUCCAUUCCUCUAUCUAUCUAUCCCUCUAUAUUUCUAUUCAUAUCUCCCUCCCUUCUUCUCUCUCUCUGUCAAUCCCUCUAUCUGUCUAACUAUCAAUCUGUUCCUCCAUUUAUCUCCCUCCAUCCCUCCCUCUAUCUUUCUCUCUCCCUAUCCCUCCAUCCCUUGAUCUAUGUCUUUUCUGCCCCACUUCCCAACCCAUAAGGGCUCCCAGCAGUGAACAAAUAAUACCCAUUGAGAACAAUAACAUUUAUUUACAUAUUAACUUACAGAAUUUAUAUUCCGCCCUUCUUAGGGCGGAUCACAGAACAUAUAUUUACGGCAAACAUUCAAUGCCGUUAGACACAGACAGGACAGACAACAGAUAGAGGUAUAUAGACAUUUCCUAUCUUUGGCGUCUUGGAGGUUGUGCUUGAUUCUGGCCACAGGCUGUGUUUGUGUCUGUAUGCUGUCGCUCCAUCCUCCUUGUCAUAAACAUCCUCCUUUUUCUGGUAUUUCCUUUAUGGUGCCAUUAAAAUACCUCCCCACUUAAGCAGUACCUAUUUAUCUACUCGCAUCUGUUUUCGAUCUGCUAGGUGGGCUGGAGGUCAAGCACUCACUCUGGCCUGGGCUUCGAACUGCCAACCUUUUGAUCCCAGCUGGUGGUUAACACCUGUUUCGGCAGGCUUUUGAUUUCUGUAAUUGAUGUUUUUAAGAAAAUGUUUUUAAGAUGUUUUAAAAUUGUUAGAUUUUAGCCUGUUCUUGUAAGCCGCCCCGAGCCCUAGGGAAGUGGCAGCAUAUAAGUUUGAAUAAUAAAUAAAUAAAUAAACUUGCUGUGCUAAAGCCCGGCUCAGUAAAGGAUAAAACAUUUUGAAAAAUGUCAAUACUCUUUAAUAUGGACAAACUUAAGUUCCUUUUGAAAGAAACAAGAGGAAAAUAUGUUAGAAGGACAAUCUGGAGUAAACUGGAAGAAUGUUCUGUGUUUUUCUUUUUUGCCCUUUUGUUUCUUGCACCUAUCCCCGUUUUUAUAAUGAGCACUUUAUUUGAAAAUUAUAAAUAAAAUAAAAAUAUACUCUUUAAGAGUAUCCUGAGGUUGCACCUACACCAGCGUUUUGUGGACUCCAGCUCCCAGAAUCCCUGAUCAUUGGCCAAAGCGGCUGAGCUGGACAUUGAAGUCCAAAACGUCUGGAGAGGCGGUGUUUGCGGGUCACCGAUCUACUAAAAUGCAUGCAGCUGGACACCACUGGACUGUGGAACAGCAGGAGUUGUAGUUUUGCAAGGUCUUAAGCCUUCUGAGCCCAAAGGGUUUGGGGGCCUCACCAAAAUAUAACUCCAAAGAUAAAGUGGUGCCAAACUGCAUCAAUUGUGCAGUGCAGAGGCACCCAAAAGGAGGUGAAAGAUGUGAAACUAGAACUCCCAGGAUUAUAUAUAGCACUAGCUUUGCCCGGCCACGCGUUGCUGUGGCUUUUCAGAAUCAUUUGUUGGUCAGGUGGAAUAGUAGUGAAUAGCCUUGGAACUUCAAAGCCUGGCCGGUUUGUUCUUAUGGGGAUCCUUGUUUGGUGAGAUGGAAUACAAUGAGUAGUCUCUGUGCGGGAGGUUUGAAUGGUGUUAUUAGUCAUGGUUGAGGGAUGGGGGUGAGAUGUGUGUUGGGCACGUGCCGGUGGCCUAGGGGAUAAAAGCCUCGUGACUUGAAGGUUGGGUUGCUGACCUGAAGGCUGCCAGGUUCGAAUCCCACCCAGGGAGAGUGUGGAUGAGCUCCCUCUGUCAGCUCCAGCUCCAUGCGGGGACAUGAGAGAAGCCUCCCACAAGUGGACUAAAGCCUUGUGACUUGAAGGUUGGGUUGCUGACCUGAAAGCUGCCAGGUUUGAAUCCCACCCAGGGAGAGUGUGGAUGAGCUCCCUCUGUCAGCUCCAGCUCCAUGCGGGGACAUGAGAGAAGCCUCCCACAAGUGGACUAAAGCCUUGUGACUUGAAGGUUGGGUUGCUGACCUGAAGGCUGCCAGGUUCGAAUCCCACCCAGGGAGAGUGUGGAUGAGCUCCCUCUGUCAGCUCCAGCUCCAUGCGGGGACAUGAGAGAAGCCUCCCACAAAGAUGGUAAAAACAUCAAAAACAUCCAGGCGUCCCCUAGGCAACGUCCUUGCAGACGGCCAGUUUUCUCACUCCAGAAGCAACUCGGGUUGCUCCUGACACAAAAAAAAAAUGUGCCAGUUUAUGUUUGGCGCAUGCGCUGUUUGUUUUUCCUGGUUUUUGGGCUUUUUUGGGUACCGGUUCAGUAGGAGAUGUUCGGUUUCGUGGUAGGAACCUAGCGGCAAAGCUGCUGGGUUCUGUUGUCAAGUUUUGUGUUUCUGGGACAUUUAGUUUUGUUGUUUACUUCUAGGCCCAAAUUUCAUUAGCCUUUUAUAUAUAUAGAUUGAGCCGCGACGGAUGCACCCGGAGAAGGCCAAGGAUAGACUAGGACUGCCGGGAAAGCAUUGCACAAUUAAAGCCAGGGUCGUCAAAGGCUUUCAUGGCUGGAAUCACAGGGUUGUUGUGUGUUUUCCGGGCUGUAUGACCAUAUUCCAGAAGCAUUCUCUCCUGACGUUUCACCCACAUAUCGGGCAGGCAUCCUCACAACCUCUGAGGAUUCCUGCCAUAGAUGUGGGCGAAACGUCAGAAGAGAACGCUUCUGGAACAUGGUCAGCAGCCCGGAAAACACACAAACACCCUGAAAGCCAGGGUUAAGCUGCAUUCCUUCUGCAAUGUGGAUGCAUGUCAGAACUUUGCUAGAAUCCCGUCUUGCAGUGCGUGCUGUUUUGCUCGCUGGGAGGCCUUUUGCUUUUGGGUCUGGUGGUGGGGCUUCCCAGCAGGACAUUUGUUCCCACAUUCCUCCCGUGCUUCCUUUGGGAGGGGAGGGAUGCCAGUGGGGUGAGUCAGGGCUCUUUCCCUCCCUCCCUCCCUGGGAUCCUCCUCCUCCUCCUCCUCCUCUUCACUGGAUCCCACUGGAUCCCAUUACAGGCUCUGCAGGGCUUUGCCUUGGGAAAGCAGCCCCCUCCCCUCUAUUUACGGCCAGGCUUUCCCCCAAAACUUGGACUCCAGGCAACUUAUAAAUGAACAAUAUCAAUAAGGCACAGAUAUCUAUAUCAAAAUGCUAUAAGAAUGGUAUGUAUAGAAAAGACUUAAAUGUAUAUAUUUUCAUCCAGGUUUAAAUGUGUGUAUAAUAAUAAUAAUAAUAAUAAUAAUAAUAAUAAUAAUAAUAAUAAUAAUAAUAAUUUUAUUCUUAUAUCCCGCCCCAUCUCCCCGGAGGGACUCGGGGCGGCUUACAUGGGGCCAUGCCCAGACACGACAGCACAAAUCAGAUAAAACAUUAAACUGAGCAGUAAAACUUCAACAUGAUUAAAAACAGUCAUAAAAGUCAAUAUAGACAAUAAUAUUAAAAUCCCGAUUUGGGUCAAAAGAUCCAGUAUGCUUAUAAAUGAAAGUGGAGGCCUGGUGGUGAAGUGUGUUAAAGCUCUGAGCUGCUGAACUUGCAGACAAAAGGUCCCAGGUUCAAAUCCUGGGAGCAGAGUGAGUGCCCACUGUUAGCUCCAGCUUCUGCCAACCUAGCAGUUCGAAAACAUGCCAAUGUGAGUAGAUCAAUAGGUACUGCUCUGGCGGCAAGGUAACACUGGCGCUCCAUGCAGUCAUGCCAGUGGGCACAUGACCUUGGAGGUGUCUACGGACAACGCCGGCUCUUUGGCUUAGAAAUGGAGAUGAGCACCAACCCCCAGAGUGUGAGUAGAUCAAUAGGUACUGCUCUGGCGGGAAGGUAACACUGGUGCUCCAUGCAGUCAUGCCAGUGGGCACAUGACCUUGGAGGUGUCUACGGACAACGCCGGCUCUUUGGCUUAGAAAUAAAGAUGAGCACCAACCCCCAUAGUGUGAGUAGAUCAAUAGGUACUGCUCCGGCGGGAAGGUAACACUGACGCUCCAUGCAGUCAUGCUGGCCACAUGACCUUGGAGGUGUCUAUGGACAACGCCGGCUCUUUGGCUUAGAAAUGGAGAUGAGCCCCAACCCCCAGAGUGUGAGUAGAUCAAUAGGUACUGCUCCGGCGGGAAGGUAACACUGGCGCUCCAUGCAGUCAUGCCAGUGGGCACAUGACCUUGGAGGUGUCUACGGACAACGCCGGCUCUUUGGCUUAGAAAUGGAGAUGAGCACCAAUGCCCAGAGUGUGAGUAGAUCAAUAGGUACUGCUCCGGCGGGAAGGUAACACUGGCGCUCCAUGCAGUCAUGCCAGUGGGCACAUGACCUUGGAGGUGUCUACGGACAACGCCGGCUCUUUGGCUUAGAAAUGGAGAUGAGCACCAAUGCCCAGAGUGUGAGUAGAUCAAUAGGUACUGCUCCGGCGGGAAGGUAACACUGGCGCUCCAUGCAGUCAUGCCAGUGGGCACAUGACCUUGGAGGUGUCUACGGACAACGCCGGCUCUUUGGCUUAGAAAUGGAGAUGAGCACCAACCCCCAGAGUGUGAGUAGAUCAAUAGGUACUGCUCCGGCGGGAAGGUAACACUGGUGCUCCAUGCAGUCAUGCCAGUGGGCACAUGACCUUGGAGGUGUCUACGGACAACGCCGGCUCUUUGGCUUAGAAAUGGAGAUGAGCACCAACCCCCAGAGUGUGAGUAGAUCAAUAGGUACUGCUCCGGAGGGAAGGUAACACUGGCGCUCCAUGCAGUCAUGCCAGUGGGCACAUGACCUUGGAGGUGUCUACGGACAACGCCGGCUCUUUGGCUUAGAAAUAAAGAUGAGCACCAACCCCCAUAGUGUGAGUAGAUCAAUAGGUACUGCUCCGGCGGGAAGGUAACACUGACGCUCCAUGCAGUCAUGCUGGCCACAUGACCUUGGAGGUGUCUAUGGACAACGCCGGCUCUUUGGCUUAGAAAUGGAGAUGAGCCCCAACCCCCAGAGUGUGAGUAGAUCAAUAGGUACUGCUCCGGCGGGAAGGUAACACUGGCGCUCCAUGCAGUCAUGCCAGUGGGCACAUGACCUUGGAGGUGUCUACGGACAACGCCGGCUCUUUGGCUUAGAAAUGGAGAUGAGCACCAACGCCCAGGGUGUGAGUAGAUCAAUAGGUACCGCUCCGGCGGGAAGGUAACGGCACUCCAUGCAGUCAUGCCAGUGGCCACAUGACCUUGGAGGUGUCUACGGACAACGCUGGUUCUUCGGCUUAGAAAUGGAGAUGAGCACCAACCCCCA